GAUGAGGAGGUUAGUCCAGCCCUCCUUUGUGCGCAGCCCCGUUUUGCCUCCACAGACUCCAACCCACUUUGCGCAGCAGCUGCGCAGACAUGGAAAGAGCCAAAGUCUAAAAAGUUUCCUGCUCGUCUCUUCUCUCCGCGAGCUCCGAACCAGAAGCUCCCUUCCGCAUGGAGGCGCACAGCGGCUGGUGAUCCGGUUCUCGGUGGCGCGGCGGUUGGACUUUGCUGUGGUUUCUAGGUCUCCUCAUGCGUCAGGAAUGCCAUGGCCACUCCGAGCGCACAGCAGCAGCACCAGCAGCAUCAGGAUUACUUCAGAUCGGUGAGCAGCGAGUCCACCACCUACAUGAUGGUCCCGACCGGCGGACCGAGUGCGGCCGGCCGCCGGGAGGCGCCUUCCAAGAUGUGGGUGGCCAUGGUGGUGAUCGUGGUGGUGGUGCUGCAGAUCGCAUCCACCACCGGCCUCUUUGUCUACCUGAACAUGUCCAUAUCACAGGUGCGUAGUCAGGGCGUGACGGAGGAGCUGAAGUGCUUGAGUUUACUCAAUGCUCUGGAUAAAGACCAGGACAUCCCAGAACAGCUGGCCCAGCUCUUUGGAGAGCCCUGCAUCAAACUGGCUGAAGGCAUCAAAGCCUACAUCUCCAAGGUAACGGACAACAUAAUAUCCAAACAGACCUUCAUAGAGGCCAGAACCAUGCCUCGGUCUUUCAACACCUCAGGGUCAAAAUUUAUGACCUCAGUUGCCCAGAGGCCAUCGGCCCACUUGACCCUCCGAGACACCAGCUCUCAAGGGUUCCCACCGUACUCCAUCCCCACAGCGGGUCUCCACCAAUCAUGCCGCCAUGUGGUUCGCUCAUGGGCCAAUCAGAGCUUUGGAGCUCACUUGCACAACAUGACACUGUCCAAUGGGAAGCUGAAGGUGCCUCAGGAUGGGCGGUAUUACCUUUACUCACAGGUAUACUUUCGUUACCCAUCUCCAGCAAGUACUGAUGGAGACCAACGCAGCGUUAGCCACCAACUGGUCCAGUGCGUCUACAAGAAAACCUCCUAUCCAAGCCCCAUACAGCUCUUGAAGGGGGUCGGAACCAAAUGCUGGGCACCAGACGCCGAGUACGCCCUGCACUCUGUCUACCAAGGUGGGCUGUUUGAACUGAGGGCCGGUGAUGAACUUUUCGUCUCGGUCUCCUCCCCCAGCAUGGUCAACGCAGAUGAUUCCUCCAGCUACUUUGGUGCUUUCCGCCUGGAUCUUUAGAAAGAGGAGUGCAGGAAAGGAUGGGUGGAUGGAAACAACAACAGCGAGUGGCAUUUGAAUAGCCACUGGAUGGAGAACAUCAGCCUGUAUCUUGGAACUUCAAUGUUUGCUGGAUGAUACAUUGAGCGAUGGAUGCAUUGGGGUUGAAGGCUUUGCUUGACCACUGGAAGAGUACGACGUGAAAUUGAAACAGCGCUACUGUCUCCAGACACAAUGAAAUUCUAAACCAAUGACAGCAAGUGAUACAGAGAGUAAUUUACAAUCACACAAAAAGAAAUGAUACAUUUUUGUUGAUUCUCAAGAAUUCUUGAGGAAAAAAAAAAAUCUCUACAACUUGAUGCCAUCAUAUUUUACAAAUCAAGCCACCAGUUUCUCAAACUUGCACCUGAAUCUCAGACUUGUGCAUUUGGACAACAACGCGGAGUUGGGUUCCAGACCGAAGAAUGUAUAGAAAACAAAAACUCAGUCCUCAGCAUCAAAGAUGUGAGGGAGAUGUUGUAGCAAAAGAAAAUCAGAUGUUUAAACCAAAGUGAAAAAUCUGUGGACUUUUUGAAUGUGCCUUUAGAAUACUGUACAUAUUAAGGGCAGUGACAUUAAGACCAACUGUGGUGACUUUUUUUUUUUUAAGAUGUAGUCUUUUACCCUGACUGGAUUUAAACCACUUGUAUGUUUUUCUAUUGGACAAUCUACUGCUAAAACCGAGGAUUACAAGCAAAGACUUUGUGGAGAAGGUAAAGGAUUGUGUUUCUGUCCCGGACACAGUGUAAUGACUAUGGAUCAUCUUAACAGAAACAGACUGAAAAAAGAUGGAAAGGAGGAGGACAAAUGGAAGCAAAUCUUGUAAAUGACAAUAAGAAUGGGGGAAAUGAAAGUAAAGCAAAAGGAGCUUAGGGUGGUAUGCCACCAGACUAGUCUGAGGUGAACUUUUACUUUCUUCUUGUAAAGAAUUUUUUAAACUCUUGUCUUUCAGGUCCUACCUGUGAAGCUGCAGUGCCUUUUGUU